GGAAUAGGCUGCAGAUGCGAAGUCGUUGAAGAUGGCUACAACGGAUUUUAGGACAGAAGUCGACUUGGCAUGCAGGACAGCAGACGAAUUUGUCAACCUUUAUUAUGAGACCAUUGAUAAGAGGAGACGGCAACUGACCAAGCUGUACAUGGACAGCGCUACGUUGGUUUGGAAUGGCAAUCCAGUCUCAGGCCAAGACUCCCUUAUCGAGUUUUUUGAAAUGUUGCCAUCCAGCGAGUUUCAAGUCAAUAUGUUUGACUGCCAGCCUGUCCACGAACAAGCUACCCAGGGGCAGAAAACAGUUCUGGUUGUUGCCCAUGGAACUGUAAAAUUCGAAGGAAAUAAGAAUCAUUAUUUCAAUCAGAACUUUCUCCUGAGUCUUCAUGCGACACCAACCAACAGUGUGUGGAAGAUAGCCAGUGAUUGUUUCCGCUUCCAGGACUGGGCAAGCUGAGAUGACCAAACUAGCUUUCAUGUUUUAGACUCAACUGACUUUAACUUUAAAAAUGUAAAUGAAGACUUUUUUUUUGUAGUGUGAACAGGUUUCUCUUAUUUUAAUUAUGGAAGUUUUCAUAUUUGUUACUUCAUAUUACAUUUGUGGGUUUUUUUAAACACACAUCGGGAAAGAAGAUACAAUUUAUAUUUUGUCCCUACUAGCUGAAUAAAUAUUUGCUUACUUCCUGUAUGGAUAAUUAUAUACAGUAUUUAAGUUUGUGGGGUGUUCCUCUAAAGCCUUACUGCUUAACUAUUACCAGGAUUUAACAAACCAAGGCCAAAUAUUAAGUGGAUUGCACUACAUUGAAGCAAGUGAAAAUCCAUAUAUUAAUCAGCAAUGAGGGAAACAAAAUGUAUAUUUGGGGAAGGCAAGUAAAAUAAAUUCUGUAAAAUGA